AUGGAAAACUCAACUGUUGAAGUGGUGAACAUCAUAGUGGUCAACAAUGAAGAUGGUGCUAUGAACAUUAAAGACAAUAAUAAUAUGAACACUGAAGUGGUGAACAAUGAAGAAUAUAUGAACAUUGAAGACAAUUUUAAUAUAGGCAUUGAAGUGGUGAACAAUGAAGAUGGAUCUAUAAACAUUGAAGACAAUAAUAACAUAAACACUGAAGUUGUGAACAAUGAAGAAUAUAUACUGGUAAUGAAUAUUGAGGACAAUAAUAAAAUAUACAUUGAAGUGGUGAACAACUGCAUGGAAAACUCAACUGUUGAAGUGGUGAACAAUGAAGAUGGUGUUAUGAAAAUUGAAGGCAAUAAUAAUAAUAUGAACAUUGAAGUGGUGAACAAUGAAGAGUACAUAAUGAACAUUGGAGACAAUAAUAAUAUAGGCAUUGGAAUGGUGAACAAUGAAGAUGAUAUUAUGAACAUUGAACAAAGAAAUGGAGCUGAUUCUGAAACCAACAGCAUUGAAAGUUCAACCAACAGCUUGGAAACGACUUCUGAACAUCUUGGAUGA